UAAUUUGGUUGGACAGGGCCAGCCCAGCAGACGCUGAACAGAGGAAUCCUGUCCACGCCUUCUUCACCCCAUCAGUGCUCUGUCCACGUUCACUCCAGCCAGACAUACAAACUGCUAACUGACAAGGAUUUUCUAUGGCGACACUUUCUCAAUGUACACAUUUCGCCUUUCUUCUUCUGUUGCCUCACUUCCUGAGUGCAUCACCUGCCAACCAAGAUGACCUUGUAAUAAAUACUAAGCAAGGGAAAGUUCAAGGGAAGUUGCUUUCAGUGUUGGGUGGUGAUAUUAGAGCAUUUCUUGGAAUUCCUUAUGGAAAACCACCCCUGGGUAAACUGAGAUUCAGAGCUCCAGAGCCAGCAGAGGGAUGGGAAGGGAUAAGGUAUGCCACCCAAUUCCCAAAUUCCUGCUACCAGAUUCCAGAUACAGCCUUUCCAGGGUUCAAAGGUGCAGAGAUGUGGAACCCAAACACUCCUCUGAGUGAGGACUGUCUGUACCUAAACGUCUGGUCCCCCCGUUUCAACAAAACACAGAAAGCACUGGCUCCUGUCCUUGUCUGGAUUUAUGGCGGCGGGUUCACUGUAGGAACAUCCUCUCUGGACAUUUAUGAUGGUCGUUUCCUGAGUAAAUCUGAAGGUGUUGUUGUGGUAUCAAUGAAUUACAGAGUCGGACCUUUGGGUUUCCUGUCUCUUCCUGACAACAAGAACAUUCGGGGCAAUGCGGGCCUGCUGGACCAGCGCUUGGCCCUCCAAUGGGUAGCCAAUAAUAUUGCUGAUUUUGGAGGUGAUUCUUCAAAGGUGACUCUGUUUGGGGAGAGUGCUGGAUCAGCAUCUGUGGGCUUCCACUUGCUCUCACCAGGCAGCCAUGGUCUUUUUCAAAGGGCUGUGAUGCAGAGUGGCUCUCCUAAUUCACCCUGGGCCACAACCCAUCAGACUGAGGCCUGGUACAGGUCCUCAAAGCUGGCGACGUUACUGGGGUGUCCCACGUCUAAUGCAGCUCAUCUGGAAGCGUGUCUGCAGCAGGCUGAUCCUGGGAAAAUCACAGCGAAGCAAAAUGAUGUUCUCACGCACCCUACAAUCUUAGCCUUAGCCUUUGGCCCUGUUGUUGACAGAGACUUCCUACCAGAUAAUGUCGAAGUGUUGCUGAGUACCAGUAAGCUCCCAAAGAAAGAGGUGCUGUUAGGCUUAAACACUGAUGAAGGGACCUACUUCCUUUUGUAUGGAGUACCUGGAUUUAACAUCACCGGUCAGAGUCUCAUCUCCAGGAAUGAGUUUCUGAAUGGAGUGAACCUUACAAUGACAGAUGCGAGUGAUGUCUCCAGAGAAGCGGCCAUUUUCCAGUACACUGAUUGGACAGAUGAGAACAACCGGAUGAAAAAUCGGGACUCAAUGGGUUACCUGGUUGGAGACGGACUGUUCGUUUGUCCAUUGCUAGAGUUCACUCACAGGUACUCGCAACAUGGUGGUAAGACUUUCCUAUAUUUAUUCGACCACCGGUCAUCCAUCAAUCCUUGGCCAGCAUGGAUGGGUGUUAUGCACGGUUAUGAGAUAGAAUUUGUCUUCGGAAAGCCUCUGGAUGCAUCCCUGGGAUACACGAAGAAUGAAGUAAACAUGACCAAGAAGAUCAUGAAACACUGGGCCAACUUUGCCCGGACAGGGAAUCCAAGCAUUGACGGAGCUAACUGGCCCGAGUUCACCCCUGAACUGCAGGAGUAUGUCACUUUGAACUCCAACCAUCCCGAACAAAAGAGUAUGAUGAAAGUUAAAGAGUGUCACCUCUUGAGCAAACUAAUGCCCAAAAUAGACAAAGUCUCAGAUGAUCUGCUGUCCUGUGUUAAGGCAAAUGCGAUUAUACUCUGCUAUAAUUACAAGUUCCUCCUCAUUUUAUUGGCUAUAACUUUGAACUAUUGCUAGAGAGAAGAUGGGUCCUGCCUGGGCAGGACUGUUUCAUAUAAACUCAACUAAACUACUCAAACUAAAACUAAAAUAUUGGACAGAAAGAAUUAACAAAACUUGGUCUCUACUAUUAUGUGAACUAUUUUAUGUUAUUACUAGGGGUCCAGCGGAUCACAGAACUCAUGGUUCAGAUUGUGUCAGUCAAAAAAAAGAAAAAAGUGUGUGUGUUUGUGUAUUUAUGUACACUGUAUUAUAAUAAACUGUAAUAUAACUGAUUAUUAUACACUGUACAGUAUAAUAAUACAACAUUUUGUUGUCUCACUCAAUGUCCCGCCCACAACAAUAUCUGAUUGGUCACACAUCAUGAGUAAUACUAUCAACACUGAAAGCUGCUGUGUCACAGACAGCUGAGACUUGAGCUGCUCUGGUGAGUGGAGUGGAGAGAUAUUUCUGAACCUCCAAUAAACAUUGCAAUCAUAUGAUCUAGCUCUAUGAUGACAACCAUAACCAGUUUCCUAUACCACUGAACAUGCCACAGCCUACAGGGUUUCACUCAAUGGAGGCGAAAGUGAUGGCUUUUAAAUCAGUUACUCUUCCUUAGUGAAACGGUGAAGUGGUUCACAUAUGUGCUGAACCAUGUAGAACAGUCAGUAUUGUUUGUAUCCUUUUGCAGAGAAAUGGUUUUUCUUUUCUUUGUUGCCUUAUGAACCUUACAAAAAAUAAUAAUAAUAAUUGCAGUUAACACAUAAUGGUAGAUAUACAUGCUGCAAGAAUACAGAGCUGGGGAGCAUUAUGACAUAGACAUUUUAUUUCUGAUCACUAGUUAAUAUUCAGCUACCAUUUUUUUAAUUUGCUUAUGUCUUUCUUUUAAAGCUGUCCAGUGUAUAAAUGGUGCUUACAGUUAGCUGAGACUGAUUUAAAUGUGAGUGCACUCAUAUUGGAAAAAUCUGAGAUUAGUUCAUUAAUAUAAUCCAGUUGACUUCAUAUGCAGGAUUUCGAAGUAAAGUUGAGGGAAUCAUUAUUUUUCCAUGUGUAAUAAGCUACAUCAUCACAAAAACAAUCAGGGAUUCUAUGGAUUUGUAUUGAUGUAUUGUCUAUUGUAUUGAUCAGUAAGACCAUGUAAUGCUCAUUAAAUAUGUGGUUUUCUUAAAAUCUAUUAUUUUUAUCCAUUAUGUUGACUGAUUAAUUGUCUGACAAAUGUGUUCUUCAAAUACAUAACAACAAAAUCA